UGCACUUCCGAGUCCGCAUUUGGCCUCACUGUUUGACUUCCUAGUGUAUGCGUCAUCAAAACAACAUAGCUAAGAGUGUGAUGGUGAAAACCCGUAGGGCAUUAAGGAUUUUAAACAUUACAUUCUUUUUCUAUGUUUGUUAAUGACGAUGGUUGUUCUAAUCUAGUAAACAAUUAAGGGGUGGAGAACAGAAAAUAUACUGGUACACUUUUCCAAGGCCAAGAGACAUUGUGCUGGGACCUCGAUAUUGCCUGUUGACAACAGCCGCAGGAGAGCGGCACCAGCCGAGAAGGCUGUCUGUUUCUGUCCGGUAAGUUGGGAGAGGAAAGGGAUACCAACUGACGCGGCUCGUGGGAGCGGCGGGUGUCCAGCCGGAGACACGGGGAGCAGGAUAGGGAAGCAAGGGGAAGAGGGCGCCCUGGGGUUGUCGGAGAAGAUGGCGGGCAGCCCCGAGAAGAGCGCCUCUGCUCAGGAGCUGAAGGAACAGGGCAACCGCCUCUUCCUUAACCGCAAGUACCAGGAGGCUGCGGUGUACUACAGUAAAGCCAUCAACCGGAACCCCUCGGUAGCAGUGUACUACACUAAUCGGGCGCUGUGCUAUGUGAAACUACAGCAACAUGACAAGGCCUUGGCCGACUGCAAACAUGCACUGGAGCUCGACAGUCAGUCGGUCAAGGCACACUUUUUUCUGGGGCAGUGUCACCUGGAGAUGGAGAACUAUGAUGAGGCCAUUGGCAAUCUGCAGCGAGCCUAUAACUUGGCGAAGGAGCAGCGCUUGAAUUUUGGGGAUGACAUCCCCAGUGCCCUCAGGAUAGCCAAGAAGAAGCGCUGGAACAGCAUCGAGGAGAAACGCAUCAACCAGGAGAACGAGCUGCACGCCUAUCUAACCAAACUCAUCCUGGCAGAGAAGGAGAGGGAGCUGGAAGAGUACCGCGAGAAACAAGAGGACGGUUUGGAGGACAACAGGAGCAGGAACGAAAUGGCGAAGAUCCAAUCAAAACACGACAAGUACCUGUCGGACAUGGACGAGCUGUUCUCCCAGGUGGACGAGAAGAGAAAGAAGCGCGAGAUCCCUGACUACCUGUGCGGCAAGAUCAGCUUCGAGCUGAUGAGGGAGCCCUGCAUCACCCCCAGCGGGAUCACCUACGACCGCAAAGACAUCGAGGAGCACCUACAGCGAGUCGGACACUUUGAUCCUGUCACCCGGAGCCCGCUGACCCAAGACCAGCUGAUCCCAAACCUGGCCAUGAAGGAGGUGAUCGACGCCUUUAUCCUGGAGAACGGCUGGGUGGAGGACUAUUGAUCCACCUCCCCCCCCCUCCCCGAGGCCCCGAGAAGGAGAUUCGAAUGCAUUUUAAAAAGCAUGGAAAGAUGAACCAGAGACAAAAAAAAAAAGACUAACCAGUACGCCCUCCUGGAUUUGCACUUUAAACACGGGGCCCACCCAGCAGACUGCCAGACUGGGGCACAGAGACCUGACUGUGAUCUUCAGCUACAUCGAGCUGCUGUUCCCUCCGUUUUUCUUGGCCUCGCCCCCCCCCCCCCCCCCCAGCCUGCCUUCCUGGAUCACAGCACCCAAAAAUGUGGCCCAGACGGUUCCCCCAUUCCUCUCUCUCCUACAGUAGAAAUGCAGCAGUCCUGUUCUGUGCACUGUCCAUUUUACUCUUUUUUUUGUUUGUUUGUUUGUAUACUUGCAAUCUUAUUUUGUAAUUGGUUAGAAUUUUUUGUUUUAUUUCCCAGUUUUUUGCUGAGAGGCGCUCUCUGACCCUUUUUGCAAGUGAUCGUCUUUAAAAGCCAAAGACAGAUCCAAGUCAUUUUACAAUCAGAUACAGUAAGUGUAAUGCAGGACUUUAAAAAAUGAAAUAAAAAAACAGAGCAAGCUUUUACCCAGA